AUGAUAGAUAAAUUUGAAAAAUCUAUAUCGCUCUUAAUGGCUCACGAGCGUUCGAUAACAAAAAUUCGUUACAAUCGUAAGGGCGAUCUAUUAUUUUCAUCGGGAAAAGAUCGAGCCCCAUCUGUUUGGUACUCUAUUAAUGGUGAACGCUUGGGUUCUUAUAAUGGCCAUACUGGUACUGUGUGGUGUAUCGAUGUCAAUUGGGAUACAACCUCUUUCGUAUCAGCUGCAGGUGAUAGUACCAUGAAAUUGUGGGAUGUUCAAACUGGUCAACUGAAAACAAAUUAUACGCAUGAAGUACCAUGUAGAAUAUGUGCAUUCAGCUACGAUAGAACUCUAGUAUUGUAUUCGAGUGAUGAAUCAAUGGGAAGACCAUGUGAAUUAUUUGUGGUUGAUCUGAAAGAGGGACCAAGUAAACGUAUUAAUGUUUCAUUGCGUCACCAUAGAAAAGUGACGGGUAGUUUAUGGGGUACAUUCGAUGAAUUUAUUGUAACUGGUCAUGAAAAUGGAGAAUUAGUUCAGUGGAAUAUGAAAGCUGGAGAAGAAGCACGAAUAGAACAGCCACAUACAUUACAGAUAAUGGAUUUACAAACAGACAAAGAUUUAACAUUAGAAAUAUUAAUGCAUUUAAAAACAUAUGUAACGAAAAGACCAAUCAAUUCAGCUGCCAUAUCGCCAAUAAGAGAUCAUGUAAGUAGACGAGGUCAAGAAGCAAUCGAAGUAACACAAACAUUAGCACAAACUGGUAAAUUUGAAGCAAGAUUUUUUCAUUUGAUAUUCGAAGAAGAAUUUGCACGUGGGAAAGGUCAUUUUGGUCCGAUUAAUAAUUCAUUAGCAUUUCAUCCAGAUGGUAAAAGAUGUGUAGUGCUAGUUGAAAUGUUCUAUGCAAGCGGGGGUGAAGAUGGUUUUGUCAGAUUACAAUAUUUUGAUCCCGAUUAUUUGGAGUAUCAUUUAGCCUAUUGA